CGCGCAAUUCCUCUCGUCUCGUCUCGAUGCUGAGAAUCACAGUCACCACGGAAUCGGAGCACACCUACUUUUUGGAGGUUGCAGACGACAUGGAGUUGCAAGACUUUCAGGCGCUCGUCGAGGCUGAGAGUGGCGUUCCCAUGGCUGAACAACGCUUGAUUCACAACGGCAAGGCACUCGCAGGCGCAAACAAGGCCCUCGGUGCGCUUGGCGUUGGAGUGGACGACGUAAUUCUCUUGGCUCGUCGAACUCAACAGAGUCAACAGCGAACCGCCGCAGCUCCCAGACAACAGACCCACGCUGCGUCGUCUGGCAACAGCAACGACCCCAACGAUCCAAUGGUGCUGAGGCAGACCAUCCAGAACGACCCAGCCUUGCUUGCGCGCAUUCGACAUAACGACCCCGAGCUUGCGGACGCGGCAAUGGAGCUCAACCCCGCCAGAUUCGUCGGGCUGAUUCGCACACGCCAUGCCGAGCAGCGCGAGCGUCAGCGACAAGAAAUGGCGCUGCUCACCUCCGACCCCUUUGACGUUGAGGCCCAGCGCAAGAUCGAGGCUGCCAUCGAGGCCCAGAACAUUGCCGCCAACCUCGAGUCGGCCAUGGAGUACAACCCGGAGGCCUUUGGCACCGUGGUCAUGCUCUACGUCGAUGUCUUUGUCAACAAGGUCCCCGUGAAGGCGUUUGUCGAUUCUGGCGCUCAAAUGACCAUCAUGAGCGACACUUGCGCCACGCGAUGCGGCAUCAUGCGAUUGGUCGACAAGCGCUUUGCUGGUAUUGCCCGAGGUGUCGGCCAUGCCAAAAUUCACGGCCGUGUUCACUCGGCUGAGGUUCAAAUCGGCACCAACUUUCUGCCAUGUUCCUUCUCCGUGAUGGAAAACCAGCCAAUGGACAUGCUGAUUGGCCUUGAUUUUCUCAAACGGUUUCAGUGUGUCAUCGACCUUCGACGGAACGUUUUGGUGAUUGGCACCACGGAAUCCGAGACCCCGUUCUUGGCCGAGAAGGACCUGCCGCUUUCCGCCCGCCCCGGUGGCGGUGAACUAACAGAGGAAGAGCGUGCUUUGCUCAACAAACCGUCCGCCACCACCUCCUCGAGCUCAGCAACCACGCCAGCCAGAUCGACAACUUCCACGCCCGUGGAGGUCCCUCCGCCAGUCUCCACACCCAGCUCCACGCCAAUCAGCCGCGAAGCGUCUCAAACUCGUGCGCCCCUGGCGUCCCAGCAACUCCCAAACUUUUCCAAUUUCAUGGGCCAACCUGCAGCAACAGCUGGUUUCCCUCAACAGCAACAACAACAACAGCAACAACAACAACAACAGCAGCAGCAACAGCAGCCACCGCCGGUCCAACUCAGGCAAUCUGAUAUUGAUGCGCUUACUGGGCUGGGAUUUUCGGCCGAACAAGCACGCACUGCUCUUCAGAAUGCUGGAGGCAAUGUUGACAUAGCUGCCAGCUAUCUUUUCGCCAUGACCGAGUAUUGAACACUGUGUUCUUUUGUUAUCGCGACCAAAUACAACGAUGGAAAUCAAUAUGAUUAUAC